GCAUCUGCAGAUGUGCUCGCGCUGUCUGCCUGUUGGACCGGACCGGACCGGACGGGAUGCUGCUGCUUUUGCUGGGGAUCUUUUAGACUUCCGGGAAUUUAUUUCCCAGCACCUCGUUGAAGGAAAAAUAAAAUAAAAUAAAAUAAAAAUGAACGUAGGGCUACUUUUCGUGCAAGCUGCUAUCCCCGGACGUCUCGCCGUGGCUCUUCUCGCCGUGAGACCCUGAUGAGCCCGGGGAGGACAGGAUGCCCGCCGGCGGCUCCGACUCGCUGAAGCCCAGCGCCUUCAUCCCGGUGUGCACGGCCGUGUGCCUCCUGGUCGGCUCGACCUCCAUGUUCUUCGUCUUUACAUGCCCGUGGCUGGCGUUGACCCUCUGCCCCGCUGUGCCACCAUGCUGUGCCAUGCUCUUCUUUUUCGUGCUCGCCAACUUCACCAUGGCGACGUUUAUGGAUGCCGGGGUGCUUCCUGUGGCCGGAGAGGAUGAAGAUAAGGACGACGAGUUCCGCGCUCCGCUGUACAAGAACGUGGAGGUGAAGGGCGUCCAGGUGCGGAUGAAGUGGUGUGCGUCAUGUCAUUUCUACAGACCUCCGCGCUGCUCCCACUGCAGCAUCUGCGACCACUGUGUGGAGGAUUUUGACCAUCACUGUCCGUGGGUGAACAACUGCAUUGGGAGGCGAAACUAUCGCUACUUCUUCCUGUUCCUCCUCUCGCUCACCGUCCACAUGAUCGGCGUGUUCACCUUCGGCCUCCUGUACGUCCUGCACCACAUGGAGGACUUGUGGAAGCUGCACUGCCUCGUCACCUUGGUGGUGAUCAGUAUAUCAGGGUUGUUUCUUAUCCCCGUCCUGGGCCUCACUGGGUUCCACUUGUAUCUGGUGUCCAGAGGCCGCACCACCAACGAACAAGUGACUGGGAAGUUUCAAGGAGGAGUAAACCCGUUUACACGAGGCUGUUGUAACAACUUGGAGUAUCUGGUUUGCAGUCCUAUUUCACCAAAUUACACAGCAAGGUCCCGUAAGAAAACAGCCGUUCACGUUCGGCCUCCGUUCCUGAGGCCGGAGCUCGACCGACAGAUGGCGGCGAAAGUCAGAGACAACGGAAUCCAAAGUGUAGCGCUACAAAAUAAACAAUCCCCAACGGGAGCUGUGGAGCUGUCAGACAUCAAACAGCUGAGAACUCCACCGCCGCUGCCUCCGAAACCAGACCGCAGUCUGCUGAGAAGCCAAGUUGCUGUCAUGGAUGAUGUGGGACAUCACACCAAAUCCGUCAUUCCUGUGUCUAUUCCCACCGUGCCGCAACUGCGGCCGGUACUGGAGGCCAUCUCCAGAGGAUCGUCACCCAUUCCUCCGGAGCAGUUGCUGAGGACGUCCGAUCAGCAAGGCGGCGCCAAAGGUCCUGACUCCUUCUCGGAGUCUAAAGGAAGUCCUGUGAGAGGCAGCCACCAGGCCUGUCUGUCGGUGCAGCCUUCCCUCCAGCCCUGCACCGUCUCCAGCAGCUCGUUGCAGCUCAACUCGCUGCCGCUCAACUCCCGCUCGCUAACGUUAAAACACAGCGGACGCCAUGGCAGCAAAUGCCAGCUGCUCGCGAUGCACACUGAUGGGUUGGGGUCUAAUCCUGUCGCGGGGAUCAUCUCCACUUCCGGUCUGCUGGCCAGCCAGUGCAGCAGCAGCGUCGGCCCCUCUUACGAUAAUCUCAUCAACCCUGGAGACCCUCAGUUCUUGGCUCAACGAGGGGCCCCGUCCUUGGGCUACCAUCCCCACUUCAUGUCUCUGGGCUCAGACGGGGCGGUGCAGCGUCCGGUCCCUCACAGCUACAGUCCUGUGUUCAUGGGAGUCACCAGACAAUCCCCUCAGCCUCGAGACUCGUCUCCGUCUUUGCAGGGUCUCCCUUCAAGGGACCCCUCUCCAUCUUAUCAAGGUUUCAUUCAGAGAGACUCUUCUCCUGCUUUUCAAGGGCUGAUUCCAAGAGACCUCCAAACCCAAAGCGUAACGUCGCGAGACGUCCCCCCUCCCGGUGCGGUGAAGAGAGAAACGGUUCCUCAAGGUCUUCAAGACAGCCUCCGGGAUCUGAUGCCACAGGAUAUGACGCUUCCCAAGUCUGCUGCGGCUCGAUAUGACAACUUUUCCAAAACCAUCAUGGCUUCCAUCUAUGAGAGACGGGAGCUGGAGGAGAGGGAGCGGAUGCUCCACGUCCAAGCCAGAGCCCAGGCUCUCUAUGGUCCCGAUGUGGGGAUCUACGACAUCCCCAGCAGGAGGAGUUUACCUCCAGACAACAUUCGACCUCCAGGGUCACGUGGACCAACCCCUCCGGCCUACGGCUCCAGGGAGUUUCUGAUGAGUACGGGUAUUCUGGGUUACGGCAUGAGGACCUCGCCUCUCUCCAGCUCCUCCACGUCGUCUCUGACUCGUGGACCCAAAACCUCCAGCUCUCCCCUGCAGAGCAGCAGCAGCAGCAGCCUGCACAGCAAAGGCAGGUCCUCGUCUCCGGCCUACGGCCCUCCCGAGAGGCAGACCCAGGGCCACUCUUCCUCCACUUCCACCCUGCCGCGUUUGCCAUCCAACACCUAUCCCACACCCCCGUACACUUCCUACCCCACAGCAAAGCGUUCCUCGCUUCCUUUCUCCUCUGAGGGGAAGGAGUCAGUCACCCUGGGGACCCUAAAAUAAAACAUAUUCCACGCUUCUGACGGCGCGAGUGAAUCAUCUAUGCAGUGUUGUGCUCAGUCUUCACAGCUCCAACAUCUUUUGUAAAUAAGAGGCCAUUUGGGGCUUUCUUGUGUGGGAGGACGUGUGGAAGUCAAAACACACACUUAGAAAUAUUCUUGCAAAUCGAAAAAAACAAAAAAACAAAAAGCUAAACUGUAAAUCUCAGGAUAUCUUUGCCCUCUCUUACAUAAGGAGGGAGCACAUUUGACUCAGUUUGCUUGUGUUUUGAUAUUGUGAAAACAUUGUAAUACCACAUCAUCUAGUUUGUCUCAUUUAGAGUUUAAAAAAAUCCUUGAUUCUCGAACUUUUUGUAGCUGUUUAUAUGAAUAAACUUAUUUUGUAAUUUUCAA